AUGAGGAAGGAUGGCAGUAAUCUCAGCCAUGUCUCCUUAGAAGAAGAUGAGUCUAACUCUGUACCAAACUCUCCAGUCAAAGCGGGUAGAGAUGACAUUCAUUUAUAUUUAGGGGAAAACAAAACGCUAGUAACACGCAGUGUGUCAGCAGAGGCAGCUGCGGCAGCAUCCGCAUUACCAGUAGCUCCGCCUACUCCACGUUCACCCGUGUAUCUGAGUCAUGUCGUGAGUUCCCAGGUACCCAGCUCUCAGAGCCAUCCUGACGAGUUCAGCUAUGCAUUCGGUUACGUUACCAAAGUCAAGAAUCGAUUCCAAGAACAGCCCCAUACAUAUAGGAAAUUUCUGGAGAUAUUGAAAACAUACAAGAACGAACAACGAAAUUUGAAGGAAGGGGACGGGCCAGGCAGAGAGUCCGCUGGCAACAAGCAGAUGACAGCAGCGGAAGUGUAUUCCCAGGUUGCAAAACUGUUUGUGGACCACGAUGAUCUGCUGGCCGAGUUCGUCCGAUUCAUGCCUGACACUUCGAACCAUCAGACAAAGCAGGCUUGUCCCUGUGAAGAAACGUCAACUUCGAACCGGAAGCCAGCAGAAAAUGAGAAGGAAAGUUCGACAUUUAACAACAAUAUGUCGGCAGUCUCCAUGGGUUCAGCACCCCCAGCCAAAAUGGGACUGAAACGUUCUUCAUCGAUGACACUAGACCACAACUCCCCGUCCACAUCUCAAGAUGCUACUUACCAUCCACCUGCUAAUAAAAACAAGCGGAGCAAACCUUCCCGAAGAUUUUCCCUCUGAACUGUAUGGAAUGUAAUGGAACUGUAUUUUAUGGGUGGAAGGGGAGUGGGAGACGGGAAGGGCAGGAUAGUGAUCUGUAAUUACAGUUUUAUAAUACUGUCUUUUAUUGUUCCCAUUCUGGUUCACCCUCACGCUAUCCUGGAAUUUCAUUCAUAACACACCGUACAACUGUAUAUCAAUUUUAAAUACUAU